AUGAGAAGCUCUGGCCUUCGAGUUCCGACAAUAUUUCGGGCUUUUGCAAAUCAAAGUGGUGGAUUCGAGAUGGUUGGGUUUCAGGUGAAAGACAUCUAUAAUGCAAUUGAGAAGCAAAGAAGAGCUGGAGCAAGCGACACGGAUAAUGCACUCAAGUAUUUACAAAUGUUGAAGAGGCGUGACCCCUGUAUGUUUUGGAAGUAUUCGUUGGAUGAACAACGGAGGCUCCACAAUAUAUUUUGGUGUGAUGGUGCAAGUCAGUAUGAUUUCAAUGUUUUCGGAGAUGUUAUGGGGUUUGAUGCAACGUACGGGAGGAAUAAGUACAAAUGUCCCCUUGUGAUAUUCUCUGGCGUGGAUCACCACAUGCGCACUGUUGUGUUUGGAUGCGCAGUUCUCUCAAAGGAAGGGGAGGAAAGCUAUGUGUGGUUGCUUCGGGCAUUUCUGGAGGCCAUGAAAGGAAAGGCUCCUAAGUCCGUUAUUACCGACGGUGAUCAAGCCAUGAAGAGUGCGAUCAAAGCUGUAUUUCCAGAAGCACAUCAUAGAUUGUACAGCUGGCACUUGCUACGCAAUGCGACCGCUCGAGUAGGUAUUCCACGGUUUAUGACCAAGUUUCGUCUUUGUUUAAUGGGGGAUUUAGAGGUCGAUGACUUUGAAGAUAUAUGGAAUGAUGCAGUUGAAGAAUUUGGGUUGCAACAAAAUUCAUGGGUCAAGGAUAUGUAUGAAAAGAAACAUAUGUGGUCAAAUGCCCACAUUAGGGGUAAGUUCUUUGCCGGGCUCAAGACAACAUCAAGGUGUGAGGCGCUAAAUAUGCAGAUAGGGAAGUUUAUACACAACGGCUACAACUUGAGGGAAUUUAUUGAGCAUUUCCAACAGUAUUUAGAGUUCAUGCGUAGGAGAUUAGUGGUUGCUGAUUACAAAUCUGCUUAUGGAGAACCAGUUGUGAAAACAAGAUUGGAGGAGUUAGAGCGGUUUGCAGCAGCAGUAUACACACGAGAGGUCUUUGUCUUAUUUCGGGAGGUGCUAUUACUAGCUAGCAAUGUCAGAAUAGUUUCUUCGAAGAAGACAAGCACGUGUACAUUGUUUGAGGUGGCCAUGUAUUGCCAAGGUAGAUCAUGGAACGUUUCGUGGGGGGAGAUAGAUGAUGAAUUCAGAUGCUCUUGCCUGCGCAUGGAAUCUUUUGGAAUCCCCUGUGUCCACAUAGUUGGUGUGCUUGUUAGACUUAACAUGGUUGUUAUUCCAGGUAGUCUUAUACUGGGUCGUUGGACAAAGAAGGCAAAACAACCACCGAUAAAUAACCAUGUUUUUAGUGGAGAGAUUCCUGAUGCAGCCUAUAUGAGUAUGCAUGCGGCAAUGCUCGAUGACUGUAGAGAACUGGUAAAGCUUUCUUGUAGUAACUUUGAGGAUUACUUCGAGGUGAAGACCAAAAUAGCUAAUGAACGAGACGCGUUAAGAGAAAAGAUCCGAAAAAGGUUGGCGACCACUGCUGAGGGCGGGGGCGAUGAUGCGUCAAUACACGAUCCUCCAAGAGCCAGACAUAAAGGGUGUGGUCGUCAUGUUGUGACGACUCGUGGGAGGUACCGGCGUGUCCAACGUUGCAGAAAGUGUGGCAAGGCUGGCCAUAAUGCUCGCAGAUGCGCAACCGGGAAUGGUGACGACACCACGCAUGAAUUAGAUGCUUUUGGAUCAUUGCACAACAUGGACGAAUCACAAGAAGCCGAGGCUUCACAACAGAUGGAGUACAAUGAUCUGAGCUUUUAA